AUGACAGAAGGAAGCGUAACGACGGCCGCAGUGACAAUUCCUGGUGGUCGUACAGACCUAACAUCAUCAUUUGAUACGUGGCUGCUACAAAAACUUCGUCUGGAAUGGAGUUCAUGUGAUUUUGGCAGUCUUUUAACACCAUCGAAGCUCGCUGAAGCGCGUGCUAGUUUUCCACACUUAGAGACACCUAUUAAGGUCCGUCUAUUGUUGUCACUGUUAAGCGUCCGUCAGGAUGAAGUGGAUGUUACUGGCACUACAGGGAAGAAAGAGACGGAGACAUUGCUAAUAGUAGCAGAGCAAGAUACUGAAGAGUGGGUCAAGGUCAGCGCUGGUAUUGUCAAGCAAUUUCUAAUGCUUCAAGCUAUUGGUCGUCCUGCUGACUCGUAUCUUCACGCACAGCUGGAAGCAGCGACUUCGAAAGUGAUCCAGACCGUCGUUUCACCUCCUUUGACACGUCGCAGCAGCAGCGAUACGACGUACGUGGCGUUGGAUGAUUUUUUCUCACUUGAGAACGCUCUAUUGAAUCCGUCGUUACGCCCUGCAGUGGCGCUAACAGCUGCCACGCACUUUACAGUGAACGGAGAGGAUGACGAUGUUAAUGGCAAGGAGGACGAAGUGAGCGUAUCACCUUUGAAGAAACCGCUGCAUCGGCCGCAUAUGGCACGGCCACUGGGACCGUCAAGUGCGAUGGCGGCUUCGGCGGCUGCAACGACGACGUCGGUCUCGACAAGGUUGACACAGUUAGCUGUAAAACCUCCAGCGGGGAAGAAGAAUAUGGCGAAGCUGUCGUCGGAGAUCCGACGCAAGGCCGAUGCGGGACGGUUUAAAAGACAGAGAAGUCGCAUUUCAAUGAUUGACAUUAACGAGGUGAAGCAGAUCAAGUCGGAGAAGGCCCAGAAGGCGGAGGAGCGGAAGAAGCAGAAAUUGGCGGCCAAAGAAAAAGAAAAAGCGAGGGAGAAAGAAAAGAUUGAUGCAGCUCCAGCGGGUGUGGCUGCUGGUUUAGAUUUGAAAGGCGGGGCUGCAGAUGCCGUUGCUACAUCGGCUUCUGUCAAUGAUGAACACGCUGCCAUUGCUGCUGAUAUAUUUGCGAUGCACCAGCAAGCUAGGUUGGACGAAUUGACGCAGCAGUAUUCUCAACAGCCGAUGCCAGUGGUAGACAGCGUUCAGCGUGCUGAGGUUGCUCCGGUUGUGGGGAAGGAGGAAGGUUACGUCCCCGAUGGAACGCAGGCAUUGCUGAAUGCCGCCUUUCACUCUACACAAGACAUAAUGAAAGAGGUUGUAAGCCAACAGAACCAACAGUUACAGGGGCAGCACCAAAUGCAGCACCAACAACUGCAGCAGCCCACAUACCAAGACCUAUAUCGAGCUCAGCAACAAAUGCAGAUGCAUCACUUGGGUCCUCCUCAGCAGCAGUAUCACCAAGGGUUUGACUCGGAGGAUGCUAAUAUCGCUAACGCGAAUGCCGGCGGUAUGUCAAUGGGAUUUGGAGGCUACAAUUACGGUGCUUCUGCGGGGUAUUAUGGCGACCAAUUUGGCAACUACGGCACUCCACAGGAUAUGAAUGCGUUCAAUUCAGCAGGAUAUCCUGCUUCUGCCAUGGGUCAGCCGGAUAGUGGCAUGAAUGGCAUUGGGUUACCUCCUCUUGGUGGUCGGCAGCUAGGCUUUGACCCCACACUGCACCCGCAGCACCCGCAACACCCGCAACACCCGCAGCACCCACAGCCAAACAAUGGAGGAUACAUGGGCGGAUCUGGAGAAUAUUGGAGAUAG